AUGAAACGAUCAUUUAAUUUGUAUUUGUUUUUGGCGAUCUUUUUAUUCAUCGUCAAUGUUAAAUGUGAUGAUGAUGUUAUUACAUGUAAUUCCACCCAACCAUGUCCUGAAGAUAAACCAUGUUGUUCACAAUAUGGUACCUGUGGUACUGGAGCAUAUUGUUUAGGAGGUUGUGAUAUUAGAUUUUCCUUCAAUUUAAGUGCUUGUAUGCCUAUGCCAGUAAUGGAAAAGUAUAGUAAUGAUUUUGAUAAUACCAAAAUUUUAAUGAAGCAAGAAGAAUAUUUAGGUAAUUUUAGUGAAACAGAUUGGGUUUACUCUGGUUAUGUAGACACCAAUGAUGACGCUAUUUUACUUCAAAUGCCUAACGAAUCAACAGGUACCGUUAUUUCAUCCACCAAAUAUAUUUGGUAUGGUAAGAUCUCAGCCACUAUUAAAUCUUCUCAUGAUAGAGGGGUUAUUACAGCUUUUAUUCUUUUCUCAGAUGUUCAAGAUGAAGUCGAUUAUGAAUGGUUAGGUUAUAAUUUAACUAAUCCUCAAUCCAAUUAUUAUUUCCAAGGUCUUUUGAAUUAUACUAAUACUAAGAAUUCUACAGUUUCUGAUACUUUUGAAAAUUGGCAUUUUUAUGAAUUCGAUUGGAAUGAAGAUAGAAUUGAAUGGUUAAUUGAUGGGGAAGUAGUCCGUACUUUAGAGAAGAAAGAUACUUAUAAUUCAACCAGUAAAAAAUAUGAAUAUCCUCAAACUCCUUCUCGUGUUCAAUUCUCAUUAUGGCCGGGUGGUGAUUCUAAGAAUGCUUUAGGUACCAUUGAAUGGGCUGGGGGUGAAAUUGAUUGGGAUUCCGAUGAUAUCAAGAAAUACGGUUACUAUUACUCAUACCUUAAGAAUGUCACUAUUGAACCUUAUGAUAUGCCUGAUUUUGUAGCUGAAGUUGAUGACCCCGAUGCUGACACUGAUGAAUUCCACGCCUUCCUUUACAAUAGUACUGAUGGUUACGAUACUAAUGUUUAUUUGACUAACAAGAAAACAUGGUUAGGAAGUGGUGAUGCUACUGGUCUUGACCCUGAUAAUGACAGUGAUGAUGAAGGUGACGUUCAUACUGAGACUGUGGUUUCAGGAUCGGGAUCUAGUAAAACCACCCAAAUAAGAACUUCAACUGCUAGUAAGAAAACCGCCAACGUUCCUGAUGAUGCAGCAGCCACCACUACUACCAGUAAUGAUUAUAACCCAAGUGCCGGUAUAGGGGGUUUCAUUCAAGAUUCUUCACAAACUUCAUCAGUAGAAUUUGAUUCCGGAUCCAAAUCAGGAUCUACUACAACUAAUGGGGGAAGCCAUGUUGAAGGGUUAGUGGGAGUGAUCUCACUUUUGGGAUUCGUCGGUUUAUCAUUAUUUGUUUAG